UCAGUGUGUGCGUGCGUCAAUUGUGGGCGAAGAGCAGUUUCGCGGGGUAGUGGAGGAAAGGGCGAAGCAGAAAACAACACGAAACUCUCUGGUUCGUAUUGACUGGGCAGAACGGUUCGUGAAAAAUACUGUGAAAAGUCAGGAAUAUUUAUCUAACAACUGCGCCAGCACGCCGAGCUACGAUUAGUGUGCGGCUAUUCGCGGGUGUUAUGAUACUUCAGGUUCUUCCAACAACAUCAGGGGCUGAAAGGAUUCCGUAAGGACAAGCUGCCCACAUACACACCGCCUGAGGAGAACAUCGACGAGGCAGGGUCGGCUAGCUGGCUGGCUGGCUGAGUGGCUUGCCCGUGCGGAAUAAACGCCGCCGCGAAGGACACAUCGGAGCAGGAUUCGGUAUCUGACACCAACGAAGCUGCAGAUCCAGCUGCAAGUGAAAAGUGCGAGUUGUGCGUGUGUGUAGUAUGAAGAAGCUAACAGCGUGUGCCUGUAGCGAACAGUAGAGCCAUGGAUCCGAAUCGAUCCCUCUUCGACGAGGAAGCGGAUCGCACCAGCGAAAUGCAAAGGCUACGCUCGUCGGACAGCCACCGGUUCUUUACCAGGUCGAACAGCGCGAAUGGUACGCAGAAUGUGCUGCUGAAGGUGCUGACCCGGCAGCAUUCGGGCUACCUGGCCUCGGGGCUUAACAAGCGGUCGCACGAGCAACCAUUCCCGGAGGUGCCAGAACAGUUGCAAUUCUGUCUGAAAAGUAUUGUGCCGUAUUGUUAUUUGAACGGACACAUUUUCAUGGGCCUCACCAGCUGUGGACAGUUUCUGCUCAGUUACAAACUGUCUUACGAUUAUGACGAUGCAUUGGCGAAUGAUUUCUCCUCCUUCCAUAAAUAUGAGCUUUACUUUUGGAUUUACAGGCCGCACAUGCUGCUGAAUAAAUACUUUCAUGUUUGCCUUUUCGAUGACCACCGGGUGGACGAAAUCAAGAACGUAACGAUAACGCAGUGGAAAACGGACAGCCAGCUGCUGAUUGUCCACGGCGAUAAUGUGCACGAGGACUCGGAUUCGUAUGUCACCAUGGUGCGCGUACCGAAGCUUGGCUGCCUGGACUGCAAGCAGGUGCGCGAUGCGCACGAGGGCGACGAGCAGCGGCAGGACAUCCUGUGCAUUGGCUGCAACAUGACGAUCCACAUGAAGUACCGGAACACCGAUUCGGGCCCUCGGUUCAAUCCGAACUACAAUCUCAACUGCCCGGGAUAUAUCAUCAUGAGCGAGAACAGCAUCAUUCACACGAUCAACGUGAAGCUAGACAUGGGCCGACCGCAACCAAACUCCACCGUGGGCUCGGCGGCCGUUCUAAGCUCCAAAUAUUUGGGCAAAGACAGCCAACAGCGGGAGGCGAUGGCGACGGUGGAAGAGGUUAGACGAACGGCUACACCCUGCAGGGUUGCGGACGUAACAACGGCCGUCCCGAAGCAGCAGCCAGACAGUAGCGGCGGUAUUAUAAGAAAAAGUGACUCCGAAAUGAGUAAGGGAGCCGCUUCGGCUACGUUGCUCAAUCCCGAGAUGAGCAUUGCGGAACAAAUCAUUGCGGAUUUCGCAGAAUACGAGACUGAUAUGUAUGAAACGAAGUGUUCCGUCCGAAACUAUCCGGAUAAUUUCGACGAACUCAUCAUUACCUCGCCCAUUGCUUCGGUCGCGCAGCCGGAAGCGACCACCGAGCCACCGACUGGGGCGCAAGUGCGACUGAUGAACCAUCGUACCAACACAAACAUAGAGCUAAGACUUGAUGGCGUGGCCGAGCGUGCUUCGAGCUCCUCCGCGUCAACUUCCGGCGGCAUGGCGGGCCCGUCUGGUCGUGCGAUAUCGAGCGUAUCACCACGGAAGUCGUUCGUGACGCGCGUCGAUCUGCAGUCGGGCGACAGUUUGCCCUGUCCGGAAGGUUUCGGCAGCGCCAGCACAGCAAACCCGGCCUGCUCCGCCGUACCCAUGUGUGAUAUGUCAUUUACGGCUAGUUCCUCAACCACUGCACUGGCGCCGCUGAUCUCGCGGUCGCCGCUGCGAAGACGGUUCGAUCUGGCCGAACCGCCGUCCUAUGUUCCUAACAUUCAAAUUGCUCACCACCAGUCAGCUCUGCCGCUGCAGCAGCGCGUUGUCAACGGUGCUAACGGGGCGAAUUUCCAUGGCGCUGCCGGUGGCGCAGCGGCGCACGAUUCAGAUGUCGAUUCGGCAGCGAAAGCCUACGAGUUCUCCGAGGACAACGAACGGUGCGAGAAGAUAAGCGCCUUCCGAAAGCGACGACUGGCCGACAAGAAGUACGAGUUUUCGGAGGAGCCCACCAGCGAGGAAAACAUAGAACCGUUUAACCGGCUGCGAAAUCAAAUCCGUGCCCGUGUCCCAGCGCCCGGUUACAGCGCGUCGCACCAUCAUCAUGCGAGCUAUGCCGACCUAAUCUCAUCCACCCACCAUCUGCAUCGGGCUUCACCGAACCAUGGAUUUCGGUCACCGUGCGGAUCGCCGGUUGGGAACCGGUACCUACGCUCGCCGCCUGGGAUUCGCUCCCCGUCCUACUACCGACACCGCUCGCCGUCGUCCCAAGGGCCGCACGGUUCUGGUUCCAUGGUGAUGGUGGGCGGUAGCGGCGGAACUACUUCAGCGUCUGCGCAAGGACCGGCAUCGGCGCCGAUCAAGCAGCUCAAGCGCAAUGUGCCGCUCGAUCCGCGCGACUACAUUCAAAUACUUUCGCCUGGUGGUAGCAUCACGGCGGCCGGUGGAUCGAACGAGGCAGGCACUCCAGACAUUCCUAAAUUUUUCAUGGACGCAGUUCAGAAGAUAACGGCACGUAAGCUGGCCAGCGAGCUGCUACUGCUAGACGAGUCCAAUAACGAAAACAACAUCAACGGUGAUAAUCAGCUGCCGGCCAAACGGUCCACCGAUGCAUCGACCGGUUCGUCUAAACAGGCGGCAGAGAUGCCAACCUGCACGAAGCGGAUCGUAAAAAUCUUUGUCGAAGAGGACGAUGCCAAUUCCGUGGUAACAAUGGAGGAUGAUGACUGCAUCUCGCCAGGGUAUCAUGCCUCGCUACCGAUGGAAGUGCACGGAUCCUGCUAUUCGAAGAUGCAAAUCAUUUCGCAGGCUUCGUUCAAUAAGCUCAACUGUCCGGCUGUGGUCGUGACGCAAAAUUCUUUCGAUAUGGAAAUGUUCUCCUUUCACGUGGCCAACUACAUAUGCGAACAGAACGGCAAGAAGUACGGCAUUCUGUUGGAUUCGGCCUACGAACUGACGCACGUAUGCCCGCUAACCGAAACAAUUACUUGCACAACGGUGCUGCAGUUUACUGCCAAUGACAUUGGCAUCAGUAAGCCAAAGACCUGCCGGAACUGUUCCGCGACGAUCGACUGCCAACUCCAUCGGAAGAUCUACCAGUGUCGGUCGCUGUUCACGUGGUGCAUCACCACGGGCGAAUGGGCGAUACUGGACUACGGCGUGUUAAAGUCCGGCCCGUACCUGGAGGUGAAGAAGCUGGCCUCCAACUAUAACCAUCUGCUGAAGAAGCUGCGCUCGUUUACGAAAAAGCUGUUCGCGAACGGUGGGCAAAGUGAAUCGAACCGCACGUACGAGUAUCUGCGCCAUGUGCGGGUACUUGACUCCGACAUGAGCAAGACCAAGCGCCGUCUGACCGAUCUCGAUAACAUGAUUGAGUUUUACUUGCGGCGGCAGCGUAUCGGGGACGACUUCAGCGGAACGGACUCCGACAGCUACGGCGAGGACUAUGAGGAAGAGGACGAAGAGGAGGAGGAGGAGGAGGAGGAGGAGGAAGAUGAUGACGAUGGGGACAGUUCCUCCGACGAUUUGCUCGUAGCGGACAGAUCGGGAGCCUCCGAUACUGUCAGUGAUGAGGACGAUCUAUAGUUAGGUGAUGAUUGUAACCGUUUCGCUAGAUCUGCGCUCCUGUGCACAUCCUCUCUGCAUGCGUCCCACCAAACGAUCGGUAGCGUCAACGUGUCGCUGAGGAGUAGAUGUAUUCUUCUGGUUGGUUUCGUUUUCGUGAACUAAUCGGACACUGCGCACACGUGUAUGUGUGUACUGUGGGGUAUGUGGAGCAUUAGUUUAUCUACCUUUUUUUUACUUUAGCAAGUAACACAGACUGGUUAAUAUUCUUGGCGUGAAACGAAUCAAACGUUCUUAUGAAUAGCUACCCUGACGGGUUCGAUUGUGUUUCUUUUCUUUUACUUUGGAUGUACAUAAUUCUCAUGCUGUUUUCAACAUUGAUUUCCGUUUGAUCUUUCGAGCUUUACUGUAGUAGUACUACACGAAUGCUUUCCACGAAAUAGCAACAUUGACUGUUUGCCAUUACGCGACACACAACCGUUUGUAGCAUAUUAAUAUUAAAGGAAUCCAAAUUCAACGAAAAGCAUUACACUGCGGGAGCAGACAGCAGAUAGGCCGGCACGAAACCAUGGAAUGUUGGAACGGUCGGGCGCCCUGCAGCCACCACAGCCAGAUAUGAUAAAACGCUCGGUGUGGUGCUGCAUUUUGGGGCGCUUUCGGAGGUUGUGAUUGAACUACUUUCAUUUGUCUCUUUUUAUCUAACGAAACAGGAAACUAAAUAAAUACGAUUACGAAAUUUCA